AUGACCGCAGCGGCACGCAUGCAGCGUUGGGCCCUGUUCCUGGGAGGGCAUCGGUACAAGAUUGAAUUCAAGAGCACGCUAAAUCACGCCAAUGCAGACGGGUUGUCGCGGUUGCCACUCGACACCGCAACAGGCACAAAGGGAGACAAAGAAUCAGUGGCGAUGUUCACGCUCAUGCAGAUCGAAAGCCUCGCAGUGACAGCGGAGAUGAUUGAGAGAGAGACCCGGAAAGAUGCGACUCUCUCACAAGUGUACAAAGCAACGCAGACAGGCUGGGCAGCUAGUGAAAGGUCUUUCCUCGCUCCAUAUUUCCAACGCCGGGAUGAGCUUGCUAUUGACUCUGGGUGCCUUAUGUGGGGAAUGAGGAUCAUCAUACCCACCAAGCAGAAGUUAGCCAACGUCCUGUUUGCCUACCGUAACGCCACUCAUGCUACUACUAACCGAACCCCUGCCAUGCUGUUCCUGGGACGGGGGCUGCGCUCAAGACUGGACCUGCUAAAGCCGAACCUGCGACGGACAGUAAUGGAUCGUCAGAUCAAGCAGGGAAAGGGACUCACAAUAGAGAAACGCGUCAACUGGAAAUUGGACAGACUGUGUUUCCCAGGGAUUACCGUGGAGAACACAAGUGGAUUCCCGGUAUAA